GAUGCGAGCAGUUGCCAGGCUGAGGGUCUGGCCGCCGCGGCUGCAGGAGCAGAAGGUUCCGCGCCUCAGCCCUUAGCGGAGCGAGCCGCCGCUUCUCCCGGCCGCCCGGCACCAUGAACACCAUCAAGCAGGUGCCGGCCCGCGUGCUGAGCCGCCGGCCCGGGCACAGCCUGGAGGCGGAGCGGGAGCAGUUUGACAAGACACAGGCUAUGAGCAUCAGCAAAGCCAUCAAUACACAAGAAGCGCCAGUGAAAGAGAAACAUGCCCGCAGGAUUAUCUUGGGAACUCACCAUGAGAAAGGAGCAUUUACUUUCUGGUCAUACGCUAUUGGCCUCCCCCUGCCCAGCAGCUCCAUCCUCAGCUGGAAGUUCUGCCACGUUCUGCACAAAGUCCUGAGAGACGGGCAUCCCAACGUUCUUCAAGACUGUCAAAGAUAUCGGAGUAAUAUCCGAGAGACAGGAGAUCUGUGGGGGCACUUGCAUGACAGAUAUGGGCAGCUCGUGAAUAUUUAUACCAAACUUCUACUCACCAAGAUAUCCUUUCACCUAAAGCAUCCUGACUUUCCCCCAGGCCUAGAAGUGACGGAUGAGGUGCUAGAAAAGGCUGCUGGGACAGAUGUGAAUAACAUCUUUCAGCUCACAGUUGAGAUGUUUGAUUACAUGGACUGUGAACUCAAACUCACAGAGUCAGUUCUCAGACAGCUCAGCACCGCCAUGGCCGUGUCUCAGAUGUCGUCUGUUCAGUGUAGGCUGGCUCCUCUCAUCCAGGUGAUCCAGGACUGCAGCCACCUCUAUCACUACACCGUCCAGUUAAUGUUCAAGCUCCACGCAUGUCUGCCAGCUGAUACGCUGCAAGGUCACCGAGACCGGUUCCACGAGCAGUUCCGCAGCCUCAAAAACUUCUUUAAAAGGGCUUCAGACAUGUUGUACUUCAAGCGGCUCAUCCAGAUUCCCAGGCUGCCAGAGAGCCCCCCUAACUUCUUGCGGGCGUCUGCCCUGGCAGAGCAUGUGAAACCAGUGGUUGUCAUCCCCGAGGAGGCCCCUGAAGAUGAAGAACCAGAAAAUUUAAUCGAGAUCAGUACGGCUCCUCCAGUGGAACAGCAGAACGUGUCGGAUAUAUUUGAACAGACCUUCGGCCCCCGCAAUGGCGUUCGGGAUGACAGGGAUCUCCAAAUUGAAAACCUAAAGAAAGAAGUGGACUUGCUUCGGGCUGAGCUAGAGAAAAUUAAACUGGAGGCUCAGCGGUACAUCACGCAGCUCAAGGCCCAGAUCAACAGCCUGGAGGCUGAGCUGGAGGAGCAACGGAAACAAAAGCAGAAAGCUCUGGUGGAUAACGAACAGCUCCGGGAUGAGGUGGAGCGACUGCAGAGGGCACAGCUGGAGAGCAGCCGAACGCAGGGGCUUUACGUUGAGGCUGAAAAGAAAGCCAGCGCCACGGAAAUGCGCUACGCCAAGCUGAAAGAGAAACACAGCGAGCUCAUCAACACGCACGCAGAGCUGCUGCGAAAGAAUGCAGAUACUGCCAAGCAACUAACAGUGACGCAGCAGAGCCAGGAAGAAGUGGCUCGUGUCAAAGAGCAGCUGGCGUUUCAGAUGGAGCAGGUGAAGCGGGAGUCAGAGAUGAAGCUUGAAGACCAGACCUUGCAGAUGGAGCAGCUGAAGAGAGAACUGGAAGCCAAGAAAGAAGAGCUGACCCAGAUUCAGAGUUCGCUCAGCCAUUCCAAGCAGGCUGGCUCCGAGCUCCACUCUCAGGUGGAAGCCCUGCAUGCUGAAAAGGACUCGCUGAGGAAGUCGGUGAGCGAGAAGGAGUGUGAGCUGCUGUCUGUAAAGGGCCUGAUUCAGGAGAAGGAGCUGCUGUUGAACCAGGAGGCAGAGAGGAGUGCUAAAGAAAUCAGGGAGCUGCAGGAGAAACUCAUGGAAAAGAAAAACCAGGAGCAGAGCCUCCAGCAGAAGCUUCUGGAUGACCAGUUUGGUAUGCUCCAGGGGACGGUGAAGGAGGCAGAGAACAUCAUCCAAGACGCCAUUGCCAAGCUGGACGACCCCUUGCACAUCCGAUGCACCAGCUCUCCAGAUUACCUCAUCAGCCGGGCGCAGGCAGCCCUGGAGUCUGUGAACUCCUUGGAGAAUGGGCACGGGCAGUAUGUGACCAACAUGACAGAUGCCACUGGGUUGGUGGCGGCCCUGGCCCAGUUUGCUCACUUGACCGCCGACACCAUCGUGAAUGGCAGUGCCACGUCCCACAUGGCACCCACUGACCAUGCCGACAAAUUAACUGAAACCUGCAGGGACUGUGGGCAUCAGAGUCUGGGGUAUCUGAACGAGCUGAAGGAUAAGCAGUUGCUGAGACAGGCAAACCUGGAGGACGUGAGGAGAACUCUACAGGGCAUCCUUCAACUGGGCCAGGAGUUGAGACCUAAAAGCUUAGACAUCAAGCAAGAAGAGCUGGGCGAUAUGGUUGAUAAGGAAAUGUCCUCCACCUCAGCAGCUAUUGAAGAUGCUGUCAGAAGGAUAGAGGAGAUGAUGAAUCAGGCCCGAAAUAAAAGCUCUGGCGUUAAACUGGAAGUGAACGAGAGAAUUUUGAACUCCUGCACUGAUCUGAUGAAGGCAAUUAGGCUUCUCGUAAUGACAUCCACCAACCUACAGAAGGAGAUUGUCGAAAGUGGAAGGGGGGCAGCAACAACACAAGAAUUUUAUGCUAAGAACUCCCGUUGGACGGAAGGCUUGAUCUCUGCCUCCAAAGCUGUGGGAUGGGGAGCCACACAGCUCGUAGAAUCUGCAGACAGAGUGGUUCUGCAAACGGGCAAAUAUGAAGAACUGAUCGUCUGCUCCCAUGAGAUUGCAGCCAGCACAGCCCAGUUGGUGGCUGCAUCCAAGGUGAAAGCCGAUAAGAACAGCAGGAACCUGGGCAAGCUCCAGGAGUGCUCACGCAAUGUAAAUGAAAUGGCUGCCAAUGUUGUGGCUUCCACUAAGUCCGGACAAGAGCAGAUUGAAGACAAAGAUACUAUGGACUUCUCUGGCAUGUCGCUAAUCAAACUGAAGAAGGAAGAAAUGGAGACGCAGGUGAAGGUGCUGGAACUAGAGAAGAAGUUGGAGAACGAGCGAAUUCGUCUCGGCGAGCUGAGGAAGAAGCAUUAUGCUUUGGCUGGAGUGUAUGAAGACCCAGAUGAGGGGGAGGGGAAACCAGCUGUGGUGCCAAGGCGGAGCAUCUUGAAGAAGCCACCACUGGCUCAGAAACCUGCCUACCCCUUAAAACAGGACUGUGAGCUGGAGCAGCACGAUGGCAUUUUUCAGGCCCACAUUGUAAAUUUCUAGGGGGAUGCAGAAGUUGAUUCAGCACAAAAGGAAGAGGAGGCGUGGGCUGCUGCAUUCGCCUUCCAGCUGCAGUACACUUCAUCUUGGUGGCGAGGGCUAGGAUUCCUGCUAGGCUCGGACGGUGCAGGCACCAUGUUUCCCCUCACAGGGAGUCUAGGAAGAGCUCCACGUACCAUGAUGUAGGCAUUCCAAAGCUGUUUUAUCUGUGUUUUAAACAGAUACUAACUGGAUUAACCCGAGAAUUGCCUUCAAGCUGGCAGGCUGUUGUUGAUCGGCUGGUUCUCCUGACUGCCACAUGUGAAGAAUAACAUGACUUU